AGCAUGCUUUUCCUCGCAUGUCACGUUGUGCAUUUCAUGUCGAACUUGUACUGUAGUGCAGGGCAAGAGUCCCGUUGCCAGGCUUUGGCUUUAUCUUCUAUUCCUGGUUAUCCCGUUUGCCCAGGCGGUGAACAGCGGAUAGUACACAAGGAGUCCUAGAAAGCUGCUGAUAUUAAUUCGUGCGUAAAUCUACGCUGGGCCAGGAUCUAGGAACAGUACUCGUGUACUGUUGACGUUUGCCAUCAUGGACGUGGUGAAUACGAUUACAGCGUUGCUGUCACCAUUUGGGUACGAAUGCUCUCCAUUCUUGAUCAAGUGGUAUAAUGAGAUAGUCAACCAGCGUUUCCAGUUGUCAUUUGAAGCCAAUACGCUGGCAGUGAGUGUGAUUAGUGCACCAGAUAUGUUUGAAAAAGCAUUUCUACCGUUUGUGCAGUCAUCGCGGGACAUACUGGCUGCUAGCGGCCAGGACCCGCUGGAUGAGUGCACACGGCAUUGCUUUCAGCGGAUUGUCCAGGCAGAUCUACACUGUCCAGGUGUGGAGUGUGAAGUGAUCUUCGACUUCGAUACGCUGCCUAGCGGUCAACCCCGUUGUCUUGUUCAAUCCGCUGGUCACGUUAGCGGACAGGCACGCUACUACCAGCGUGCCGACGUCACUGAAGAUGAGGCUGGGCAGAUUGGAUGGGCCAAGGAGAAGCGUAUCUACGGUGCAUGCGCGCAUUCCAAGUACGGUGGCUGGUUUGCAUUCCGAGGUGUGAUAGUGCUGAAAGGCUUGCAAGUUCCCCACCUGCCGCGCGUUCCACCGGCCGAUGUCCUGCAGACGGCCGAUGAGCGUUUCCGCUUCCUAGACUUGUUCAACCAUCACUGGCAGGAUGGACGGUUCCGUGACGUCCCGCCCACCGUCAUAGCACGCUACUCACAACAGCAGAUUGACUACUUCAAGACGGCGCCGAGAGAACGUCACCAGCUGCUUGGCCUGCCCGCUCCCCGCUCAAAGUAUGACCUCUCGGACAGCAGUAGCAGUGAUAAUGAUGAUGAGAAGGAGGAUGACGGGUCAGCGGAUGGAAGCACCGCAGCACCGCGUGCCAGUAAGCAAGGCGGAGUGACUGCGGCUCACGGCUGAGCAGCUAGCUCGUCACUGCAACACUACCACACUGUCAUGUAGUAAGUGUGUGUGUUUGUGUUUGGGUGUGCACAUAUGCUCUCAGCCUAACCAGUGUGACAGCAACCUAGCAGUAACAGCAGCAGCCUAUGAGAAAUCAGCUUGCAGGUAAUUGCCAAACGGAACUCGUAGCAAUGAUCUGCAACUCGUCAGCUAUUUCAUUCAGAGAAUGCUUUAGCCACAUGUGACUACGUUCAAGUCGGGCAAGAAUACUGUCAUCAGUCAGGAUCAGCGAGGUAUCACUGAUGGGGUCAUGCCAUGGUGCCCCAGCUCUGCGCUUUGAAUUGAGCCAUGCAGUAUCACAACCUGCACCAGUCGGCAGUCGGCAUGCACUGUACGUGGUGUCUUACGCGUUUGCACACUGCCUGGUUGCAUGCACUGAUGUACUCUGUACACAACUACACAUGUACUGUGCUCAGGAUUUCCAGUGCCAGCGGUGCUUGGGAGAAUCGCUCCCAGUGCGCGGCAAGUAUUCAAGCUGUGCGGGGUACCUGUACAGGGGGGCCCUGUGCAGCGGGUGCAAUGCUGCCAGCCCUGCCAACCCUGGCUGUACGCCGCAUGGUAUAACCUGCUGGUGAGAGAAUACAUGUAGGCAUGGUAUAACCUGCUGCAGUGCUGGUGAGAGAAUAUAUGAUACGGUACAACUAGUCUACAUGUACAUGGAAAUCACUGGACUGGUCAAGUGCUAGUGUUUUAUUUGUACAGCAUAGAGCUGUGGGGCUGUAGCAUUAGCAUGGCGCCCGCCAUGUUGCCAAGCAAAUGAAAGCUGCAAUGCCUAGUCUGCCUGACUGUCCUGCAUUAAUUUUGUUCUCAGUCUGCCCACUCACUGUCAUCAGUUUGACAUUUUUGACCCAAUCACUGGGUUACUCUGG